AUGAAAGUGUUACCAAUAGCUACGCUAUGGUGGAUGUUAUUGAACACUUUUUAUAUUUAUGCAUACCCAGUCUUUGACGAUAUCAUCCUAGAUGUUGGAAGUUGGAAUACACUGACUAUUACGUCAACCGAAUCAUUAUCAUCAUCUCCUUCAACAUCAAAUAAUCUACAUCCAACUAUAUCAUCAUCAUCAACAUUACCAUCAUCAUCUUCAUCAUCAAGUUCAUCUGAUCAGAGCAGUGGAUACCCGAUUUAUGGAGACAAUCAUAUCAUCACCAUUCAGAUGGGCGUUCUUGGUUCUGUGUUUAUCGUCUUGGGACUUUAUUUAGUAACUUUUGGUUUCAGAGGUUUUCGUAUCACUCUUGCUGUUUUUGGUUUUCUUGCCUUCGGUUUUGUUACUUGGGUAGGCAUGACUAAUUAUCAACCAUCAUCAGGUUACAUCAAUGAUAAGGUGACAACUAUUGUAGUUCCUGCAGGACUUGGAUUAUUUGGUGCGAUUCUCUUUUUUAUAUUUUGGAAUAUUGGGUUUUAUCUAAUUGGAGCUGUGGGUGGAUUAGCCUUGGCAUUAUAUAUCUGUUGUUGGCGAGAGGAUCUGGUGAUUCAAUCCUUAGUGGCUAGAGCAUGUUUCCUUGCUGCGAUGACUGUUGGUUUUGCAGGGUUGACUUUUUUCUUGGAGCGCUAUGUGAUCCUCUUCUCUACCAGCUUUUUGGGUGCCUAUCUGUUUUUCGUUGGGGUGGAUGUACUUGCACGCACAGGUUAUGUGGCUGGUAUUCGUACGAUUGUGGAUCAUAAUCCUUUGCACUCGGUCCAAUACGUACUUAGCCGGGAUGUCUAUCUUUUACUCUCCUUUACCAUUGUUUUGUUUUUGAUCUCUUUUGGUUGGCAGGCAUUGAUGAAUCGUGGUCGUUAUUUUGGUAUUCGUUACACGCAUCAUGAAGAUAUCAAAGCUCCUGUAGCUGCCGAAGUAGCAACGGAGGCAACAGAUUCUCAUCCUUCUUCUCAUCAUAAUUCAAGAAAUGGUUCUCCUGUUCAUUCACCCGAUACAGCUGAAAAACAUGAACAAGAUACAGCUGAUCAUCAUAGUCAUCCUGGUUCUCACUGA